CACUCAUACGCACCUCGACUCCCUCCACCCACCUUGCACCUCGACGGCUGCCUACCAUCACCAUCACAAGCGCACAAGAAGCUCAGACAAGUCGCUUCAACUGCCUCAGUGAUCAACUCACUCCGGAUCACCAUCUGUCCGACGCUUUCGUGGUCCCUAUCGGUACCUCUCCAUCUCCACGCCAAGCAUACGCUUAUACCCGGUCCUAUCACCGCCACCGGCCGAAAUAAGCGCCAGGCAGUCAUCCGCCCCCAUGAACCAGAACGAUACGACUCCUUCCAGCCAUGGUAGCCCCUCGGCGGGCGAAGAUGGCUCUGCACCCUCAGCAGCGAGGAGGGACCAACCGAAGAAGAGGAAUAGGGCAGCUCUUUCUUGCGUAGCAUGUCGUGAACGCAAGAUCAAAUGUGACCGUCAGCUACCCUGCGAUCAAUGUAUCAAGAGGGGAGACGAGGAACUCUGUUUCCUCGACCCUUAUAAAAGGGGACCGCCUGCUGCCCAAUCCAAGUCAGCAAAGGUGCAGGCUCAAUUGCAAGAGCAGGCAAAACAGCAGGCAGAGCGUGAGAGGCAGAGGGCAGAAGCAGCUGUAGCACCCGACCAGAGUCGCCAAGGCCAGCAUUCGCAACCGGGACACCCUGGAUACAGUGCUCAACAGCAGCCUCAGCAAGCUCGUCAGUCCAUGUCAUACAUGCCUGGCCAGUCGCAUCACCCCUCAUAUGCAAAUGCACGCUUUCAGCAAACUACAACAGCUCCACAUUAUACUUCUGCCGCUUUGACCUCCACGUCAUCUGGUUCACGAGGGGGCACGGAUGACAUGGAAGCAAUCAAGUCUCGUCUGGCUCAACUGGAGGCAGCCUUGUCAAGCUCUAGUCGCAGCCCUGGAAGCAACUUCGCAAUGAGCGCCAGAGAUGCAGAUCCAUUCUUCUCGCCUCAUCAGUCUCAUCAAGCCCCUCCAUCCUCUGGCUUGCCGCCUCUUGUCGGAAUGCUAGGCGCUUCUAGCCCUUCAUCGCAUUCUCUGAGUUCUUGGCAGUCCCAUGCAGGGGAUGAGCCUGCCAGGCUUGCGCCUCUGCGAUCGGGAUCCAACCAAUUCGGUAUCGCCGCCGACUCACCGUCAUCUCAGGCUUCGUCAACUCGCAGCAGUGCGCCCAUCUACGCCCAUCCGCGAUACUUGGAUGCUGCAGCAGAGCAGCCCAAUCAGCCGGCUCCCAAGCAUCAGCGACUAUCUUCCCCUCAAGGAUUGGCUUCCGAGCAACGAAAUAUCUCUCAGCAGCCUCUUCAGCUCAGGCCUGAACUCGACUCUGACACAGAAGACGCUGCAAUGGUUCUCGAAGGCCUAGCAAUGUCGGGCAAAGGCAUGCGUCCAGACGAAAAGACAGCCUGUCCAAUCGCCGAGCAAGAUGUUGAUCCUGUCAUCAAAGAACCGCAAGAGACUUUGACGGCCUACGUAGCCCGCAAUAAGGAGAAGGACAUCAUGCUCGACGUGUCACAGGGCGGCACUUCAGGUAUGGCUGCCGAUGACCUCGCUCAGGACCUUCCCACUGGUAUCGUUCAGAGAGGCCAGAAGGACAAUGAUCACAUCGGUUCUCUCGACGAGGUAGCUGAGAUGGAGAGGAAAGGCAUCGACGUCAGUCCCGCGAAGAAGGUCUGCCUUUCCCUGAGUACGUCCAAGAGUCUAUUCCGCCCGAUCUUCGGACCAGAGUCUUCUCUCGGUUUCGGCAUGGGUUGGGCGUUUCCUGCCGCUGAAGCCGCAAACGAUCUUCAUGUCAAGGGUGGACAGUGCCCAGGCUCAGCACAACGAGAAGCCGUCCUUCGAGCCAUCAUUCGAUCUCUCCCCCGCAGGGCACUUGCUGCACAGCUGGUCAGCGUUUACGCAGACCGCGUGAAUUUCCUCGCAGGCAAUAUUAUCCAUAUACCUACGUUCCGCAGGGAUGUCGAAGCAUUCUAUGCGCUCGAGACUGUAGAGAAGCAAGCACGAGUAAUCAAUAACGUGGACGCCGGAUGGCUGUCCGUCUUCCUUCUUGUCAUAGUCCUCGCAUUGCGGUUCUACCCUUGUACACCACCUGAAGACUGGGAGCCAGUCAGUCACCUCUUCGACGGUCGUUCAGUUCACCUGUACGGCUCCGCAGCUCGGACUGCACUUGGACUUGCACGCUAUCAAUCUUCUCGAUCGCUUGCAGUCUUGCAAGCGAUACUGCUCUCCAACCUCUCCGAUUCGCACUCUGGAAGAAGCAACCCAACGAUGUUACGGGUAGCCAUCUCCAACGCGCAAGAAAUGGGGCUGAAUCGUCUUGGCGACGCCUCAAGGCAGCCCAAAGCUGGAGAGAGUGCCAGCGUUGUGGUCCGUCGAGAGAUCGCCAAGCGAAUUUGGUACCAGCUGGUCUUCAAGGACUGGUCUGGAUCCUGUACCUCUCACGUUUAUAGCAUCAACGAGAAGCACUUCAACACUCCACUGCCAGGCAACUUCAACGACGAGGACCUCGAGACCUCUCCUCCACCUGCCCCAAAGGACAGAGAAGAAUUUACAGAGAUGAGCUAUACCCUUGAGACGUACGAAGUCAUCAAGGUGCUGAAACUUCGAACGGAUCUAAUCAACGAUGUCAGAAGCUCCGGCGGAGAAGAAGAGGCCAAAAAGGCUCACUGUCCUCAGGCUGCAAUCAUUGAUCGAGCAUUCCGUGGCGUUUUAGACGGGCUCCCUUCUUUCUUCAGCGUCGGAUCGGAGAUUGGCACGGAUACGCAUGUGGAAAUCCAGAGAUGGCUGCUCCAGCAAGGUAUCUUCCAUCACCUUCUCAGGCUGCACAGACCUGCCCUCACGAGCAAGCGCAAUGCAAGGCUCAGCUGUGUCGUACUUGCCAGGAGUGUCCUAGACACGCAAAAGAAGCUGAGAAGCAGAUGCACAGUCAUUGACAGGCUCAUUGGCAAUCUCGCUCAGAGCUACACAGCAGCCAUCGUGCUUCUUAUGGACUUGCUCCAGCCGCUUGAAGGAGAGAUUGCGAACGAGGCUGUCCGAAGAGACGUCAUCCGCUCUGAGGUCGCAGAGGCGCUUAGAGCGCUGCAUCACGUCAACGAGACCACGAAUAGCUCUGAGGGUGGCAUCAAAGUCAUCGAAGCUUUGCUUGCUGAGGAGCAGACGAUGUGGGACGCCAGACAGGCUGAGCUUGGCCAGCCCGGGCACAAGAGGAAGAGAGCCGGGGACAGGGGUGGGCCAAAAAAGAAGGACAUGCUCCGUCUAGCCCAUCGUAUUGCUCGAGCCACACAAGGCGAAAGCAUGUCAGAAUCGGGCAAGAGCGAGGGUCAGAGCCAGUCUUCGCUUCCUGGCACACCGAAGGACGGUGACGACACCUUUAUGGACUUCUUGGGCGGACCUUCAGCUCAGCAAGAGACAAACAAGGACGCAGUGUCCCGUGCCCUCAUGGAGCAGCUUCUGGUACCCCAGACCGCUGCCCUGAAGAACACUUACAGUGUGCCAAAUGCUUCCUCUGGCCUUCUUGAUACUCUCAACUCCUCUGGUGCAUUUGACGCCUUCUGGAAUUCGGCCGGCGCUACGGGUCUGGGUACCAAUGUUGACAACGGAGAAGAUCCCGAUGGGCAAUUCUUGGCAGACCAUGAGGGAGGACAGGGCUUCGAUUUGGAUUCCUUCCUGGCAGCCUACGAAUCGCCCGGUCAGAGUAGUUCUGCUGGCAGCAACAUGGGACGAGACUCGCUCCGCACAAAUAGUAUCGAUGACUCUUCUGCCGUCAGCGUGGGUAACGGUGGCAGCAGCUCCUGCGACACGUCUGUCUACGGCAAUGAUGGCAAUGGAAACGAUGGCAUGUCAAGCAAGCACGGCUACUUCUCGCCUCCCAGUGGCAAUGUUAGUGUUCCGCAACACAACACAGAUGGCAACCAAGCGAUGAAUACCGAUGCAUCCUCUUCGAUGACACAAGCGCCCGGCCAACAGUAUGGUUUGGACGCAUUCUACAACUGGGUUCUGUCACAGGCGCUGAACGCCAAGGGACCCGCGGGCGCCACUCCGUCUAUUACACAGCCCAAUACUUCACAGCACUCUGCACCCCCGAUGACCGGUAAUCCCUCAAUUGGAUCACUGCAGCAAGGCUCUGCUGCCUUUUCUGCGCCCUCGCCGAUGCAAAACCUGAUGGGGGCACUGGGAGCAGACAAGACUCGCCUUACCCCGCUUACUAAUUCUGCUUACUCGAACAGUGGUGGAGGGGGAGGAGCACAAGCAGGAAACACCUUCAUCGACUUUCUUGCUCCCUUUGGUGGUCCACCGCAGAAUACCUGGUCUUCUAGCGAUGGCGCUCCUUCCUCCCUCACUUCCGAUGGAGUCAAGGUGGUUAAUGGUCUCGACGACGGAGCGAAUGCUUGGCCUCUGCGUGCUAUGACUCCUGCUAGGAGCGAACCAGGCCAAGCUGCUGGUGGUGUUGGAGGUGGGAUGUUCAACUUGGGAACACCCAGCGCUGCGCUUGCUGCUGGUGGAGAGUCGGGAGGCUGGCUCAGUGGACCAGGCUUGUUUGACUUUGAGUCGUGAGGCGUGGGCGCGCUCUGGCGGCCUCCCUCUUUUCCCUCCUUGUACUUGUUUUCUUUUGGCGGCAAUGGUGGUAUAUUCUCCAUGGUACUGAUCUGCUAAUUACAAUGAACUACUACUCUUCUGUGGUCCCCU